CUAGACACUCCCGGCGUGGGCGAUCAUGGCAGUCUCAGGCGGCGGUGGAGGAAAAAGAAUGAUUGCAAUGCAGCAGCAGAUCAUACACGAAAGGUGGAGGAGGCUGGGGGCGCACAGCAAACGCAGGACCCAACUAAGCCUAAUCCUUCUAAGUCUCUCUGCAGCCGCCGAGUGGAUUGACUGAAUCUCGACCACGACCCGGAACGGAGCCUUUUUGAGACACACACUCACAAUUCUAUUGAGAGAGAGGCGAAGAGGAACUGUAGGAAGGGGGGUAAAG